GUAUGAAAGCAGAAAGCACCUCUCAUCUCUGAAGAAUUGAUUUGUGGCUUGUUCCAUAAAAAGUCAGCAUCUUCUGCACAUUUGAGUUCUUCUCUACAGUGGCUAUAUGACGUUAACAUCAAGCUUUUUGGACACUUAAAGGACUCAUACACAACUAUUACAAAAGAGGCAAACAUUCAUCAAUGCUCAAAAAGACAGUGGAGCAGCCAAUCAUGUCAUAGAGCUGGAGAAGGUGAUGAACAUGAUGACAGACAAAACUGAUUCAAACGUGAAAGAGAGUGAAAGACAGAGCAAGGAUUUUACAGCACACUUUAGUGCAGAUAUAAUGGAGAAAAUUGAAGGCAAAACUGAGACCGAAACAAUGCCAAAAACAGGAAACAGAAUCUCACGUGAUUCUCUGAUUUUAUAUCCUGAAUAUUCAAGCUUUGGAUAUGAGAAUGAAAACCAAAGACAAGAUGAACAGAAAUACAGAGCAGCAUGGGAUGAAAGAUUAUCCAAUGAAAAUGAAUUUCAUAGGACAACCUCUGUCACAUCAAGUGACUCAGGAUAUGCUUCAAGAAAAGGCACAGUUUCUGAAAAUUAUGAUCAGCACAAUGAAGAUGCAGCUUUGAAUAAGACCAGUGACACCGACACAAAAAAAGAAACUAUAUGACCGUUAUAGUACAAAUGAGUUCCUUAUGAUCAACUUUACAGAGAAAAUAUUUAAACGGCAAAAAAAAUAGUUUUUUCUUCAUCUUUUUAAAGUUCUGUUAAGGACAAAAAUGUUUUAUAUAUAUAUAGCCUAUACAGUGCAUCCGGAAAGUAUGUUCGAGUGACCACAAAUGAGACAUAAUUCAUCUUUCUGAGUCUCCUUGUAUAAUCACUAUGACAAUGAAGCCGAAACCAUAGGAUUAAUUCUAAAAACACAGGAUUAUUUUGAAAUCAAGCUGAGUUUUUAUGUAGUGUCUGGUGAAUUGUCAUCUGAGACGUUUUAGUCUUUCUUUAAUUUCUCUAACAAAAAGGCAGUAAGAACUCAAACUCUGCAUAGUUCUACUGAUACAAAAGUGGCACACUACAAUGAUACUUGAUUUUAAAAAUGUGUUGAAAAAGGAAUGCUUUUCCUCUGUUUUCUCAUAUGUGUUUGCUCAUGUAUUUGAUAUCAAAAAGUUCUGUAACACAACUUUGUUGGCAACCAGUAUCCAUUCUCAUUCACCAGCCACCUUAUAAUAUACAUUUGCAGAAGUUACAUGAUCGACUUGACUGCACAUCCUAGUACAGAAACUGAUUGUGUGGAGCAGUGCAUGCUUAUUCAUUACACAAAUCGCAUGUCCCAAGCAUAAAAAACAGGUGAGCAGAUUCACUGUAUGGACUUGGAGAAUGGAGAUUUCACCAGCAAGUGGUGAGCCAGGUGUGGGAGAGAUAUGGAGGCAGCAUUUUGAGAUUUUGAACUGCAGCAUUCAAUUUGUUUUAUAUAUAGUGUCAAAUUAUGAAUUGGCAAUGUACAUGUAAAUUUAUCGUGCAAAUAAAGCUUGAUAUGAAUACAA